AUUAAUGCUUACGUUACUUUUAAGUUACUUUUGCGUUAUUUUUUCUUACUUGGCUGAGGUUUGAUCUCUUUCAGGCCUUUCAGGUGUUUUUUAUGACUGAGAAGUUCUGCAUUCAAAAAUUGCAUAUUUAAUCACAAAAAUGUCAAGCUCUGGCCUGCCAUCUCCGUUUCUGACUCGAACUGUUCCCGCUCAGGCGCGCACACAUUGCAUCAUUCUGCGUGACUAUGUUUAGUUUAAUUUUUUUUCAAUCGAAUUAAUUAAACUGAAAAGUAACUUGCAUUACUUUUUAAAAAACGUAACUCAAAUAUUAAUGUGUACAUUUAUAAAGUAAUGCGCUAUUUACUCAUUACUUCAGAAGAAUAAUAAUAUUACGUAAUGCACGUUACUUUUAAUGCAUUACCCCCAACACUGGUGCAGACAUACUUGUGGCGAAUCCCGGCUCGAGGUCCUUUGCUGAUCUUGCACCCCUCUCCUCCCUCCACUUUCCUCAUUACAUCACUAUCUGUCAAAUAAUGGCAAAAAUUCGAUUUUUUUUAUUUUUUAUAAAUUACACUUUCUGGGUAGCUCAUAACCCAGUUAUAAUUCACUUUUGCAUUUUUUUGUGUGCAGAUGAUUACAAGUUAUGCAGUAUAAUGAUGUACUGCAGUGGUUCUCAAACUGGGGGCCGGGGCCCCCAGGGGGGCCGCGAGAUGGUGCCAGGGGGGCCCCAGUUUUAUGACAUUUUAUAAAAUAAAUUAAUUUAUCAUAAAUUCUGUGUAAUUAAACCUAACAAAAAUAAGGCUACUAACAAACAAGUACUACUUUGUAUAAUUUAAUAUGUUUUGUUUAAUUAAAAUUUUUAAGUUUUAAAACACAUUUGUCAUAACUUUUCUUUGGGGGGGCCGCGAAGGAAAGCUCCGUACACAUGGGGGGCCGCACGUUGAAAAAGUUUGAGAACCACUGAUGUACUGUAUAAUUACAGUUAUACAGUAUAAUUACAGUUAUAUUAUAAUGAUAGCAUAGGAUGCAUCCCAUAGAAAGUGCUUUUGUGUUUUUUCACUUUUCCUCCACCCCAUAAACAAUAGUAUACAUAUGCUCUCUCUCUCUCUCUCUCUCUCUCUCUCUCUCUCUCUCUCUCUCUCUCUCUCUCUCGCCUUUUCACGUACUGUUCUUUCAAAUCCCGCGAGACGUCUCUCACUCACAUGUGUUCUCAUGAGUUUAUUUCAGUAACCUAAGACACGACUCUGCUCUGCUGAAUGUACCGUGUGGGAGAAGGAGAAAAUGUCAUCACAAGCUUUAAAUGUCAGCACGCUAAAGAAUUCGUAUCAUAAUGUUGCAUAUUCAAGUUGGGAUCUGCUAUAGACUGGGAAUAUAAAAUGGGAAUUCUGAGGCAGCUCCAGUGUUUCCUUCUGAUGGGAACAAUGUUGAUUGUCAUCUUCAUAAUCAUUUACUGGGAUGAUGUGGCAAAAGGCACUUAUUACGUCCCUUCUGUGGACUUGAACUCCAGUUUAGAUGACUCCAAAAAGUCAAGCUGGUCAGUCAAAUUAAACCAGACAACUCCUCUUAAACAUAUCUUAGAAGAUAACAACUUAACAUUAAACCUCAAAGUGCGGCAAGCAAAUCGUACACGUAUGGUAAAGGAGCUAUGCUUGGCCAACAGCAGCCUUCAUUUCCCUGGAAAAUUGAAGACAUUUGAUCAAAUUCCAAGCCACGCCUUGGAUCAUCUCAUUGUGGAUGAUCGCCACGGUGUCAUUUAUUGUUACGUUCCGAAAGUGGCCUGUACCAACUGGAAAAGAGUCAUGAUCGUGCUCAGCCAAAACCUUAAGAGACCUGAUGGAGCUGCAUACAGAGAUCCUCUUGACAUCCCAUCAUACUUAAGCCACAAUGCCACCCUUCAUCUGACCUUCAACAGGUUUUGGAGGCGCUUCGGUCGUGCAUCACGUCGUUUGAUGCACCACAAACUCAAGACUUACACAAAGUUCAUUUUCGUACGAGAUCCAUUCGUACGACUUAUAUCUGCUUUCAGGAACAAGUUCGAUCAGCCAAAUGAGGAUUUUUACAAACAGUUCGGCUCCGUAAUGCUUCAGCGUUACGCUCAAAUUUUAAAUCCACCGAGUUCAGCUAAAGAGGCAUUUGCUACAGGUAUUCGCCCCUCCUUUGCAAACUUUGUUAAGUACCUGUUAGAUUCUCAGACUGAAAACGAGGAGCCAUUCAAUGAACACUGGCGUCAAGUCUACAGGUUAUGUCAUCCGUGCCAAAUCGAGUAUGACUUUGUUGGGAAACUGGAAACUCUUGAUGAGGAUGCAAAACAUUUGUUGAAGAUUCUUGGAAUGGAUCAGAUUCACUUUCCGCCAGGGUAUCACGAUAGGACAGCGACAAAUUGGGAGCGAGAAUGGUUUGCGACCAUUUCUUUAGCUGACAGGACAAAACUUUACAAUCUGUAUGAACCGGACUUCAGAUUGUUUGGAUACGACAAACCUGAGACACUUCUCCAUCAUUGAAAAAGCCAAUUGUUUUUAAUUAUCGUAAUAACUGAAAAUUGUACAUGCAAUUUUUUUAUUAAAUUAAUGAAGUCCUCGUUUCCUUUAUUGAUCAUAUGUAUGUUACUGAAUGAACGGCUUAAAUUGCAGCUAAUGCCUUCUGUUAUGUAUAUUAAAUGAACUUUUAUGUGUGUUUUAAGUUCAUGACACUUAGAUUUUUAAUAAUGACCAAGAUUAAUAAUAGUAGUUUCAAUUAACUAGGUUUAUUUCGAUUUCAUAUUUA